AUGGCUGGUCAACAGUCGCAGCCGGUCGCAGUCGACGAGGCCUCAAUCGACGCUUCACCACAACCAGCAUCGACGACUGAAGCCUCUUCUUCACAAUCAGUUAGCCCAGCGAAAAACAGAUUCAGCCUUAACAUGCUUCGUCUCCCUUUCUCUCCGCCUCGUAAACCAGCCACGGCCGCCGGUGUCACAGCCAAGCGAAGUGCAGAUUCAACGCCGGACCUGGACGCAACUCUGGAUUCAGCUCCUGCCUGCGACCCCGUCACAGAAUCCGCACUCGUCGAUCCAUCUCCAAAGGACCGCUCUGUCAAACAAUAUCUAGCACCACCGCCCAACGAGGCUCGUCCUAUACGCUCAGCACUAGCGCCUGCUGCCGAAGCAUCGUCUCGUCGUGCAUCGAGAACCACGUCGCCCCAUCGUGUCAGUUUCAGCCCUUCUACAGAAGACAUGGCUGAAGCGAGGGAGCAGGCUCAGUCGUUCGCUGUCCUCGAUGAUGGCACAUCUGCAAAGUCGCACGGCAAGAGCCACAACAAGUCCAAAACCAAAACCAACUUGCCCAAAUGGCGCGGACUCAAGUCUCGUUCGUCUUCGGAUCUGCCAUCAUCCACACGCAGGCAGAGUGUCGAAUCCGUUCGGAGCGACUCGUCUGUCGGCACGUCUUCGUCUGCGGAACGCUUUGAAAGUAAUGCUGCUCUGCCAGGUGCUGCAGCUGCCAAGCGACGGCUCUUCCGUUGGGAUCGCAAAGGCAUUCACCACGCAAGCACGAGCGAAAAGAGCAAGGCGGCCAAAGUCAAAGUGACAAAACAUCAGGCGGUGGCAGCUCGUCAUGCCAAGACGCUCGAACAAGUCAUCAACGCAGGAAUGGGCUUGCACCCCAUUCCGCCUCGUCUCAGCUCUUCCGCCGACAUUGCUGCCACCGACUCUGAGCAACAAGGAAAGGGCGGCGGCAGAAAGAAGAAGGCUCCCCGUGCAAAGCCUGUGCCCGUUGUCGGUCGGUCUCAGCUCAAAGGCCUCAAGUCGGCUCUGCUCGAUGUUGACUCAGCGAAUAACAUCAUCAAAGAGCUGCGCGCCAUGCCCGUCCCGCUCGACAAGCUGCGCAGUGGACUUGGCCAAAUUGUUCCGGAUGCGACCAUCGGCACUGCCGGCGACCACGGUCAGGAACGCAUUCUCACCGUCGAUGUGCCUGACACCAUGCUGGAAGGCAAUGUGACAAAAGACGACAGCGAGAUUCGCAAGAGGCCUGGAGCUACAAUGGAUGCUCUUGACGCAACCACGACAGUGCGUCCUCCGAUUGAGCGCAAGGCGAAGAGUGCCGCCGAAGAAGCCCUUCGAAAAAUCACACUGCGUGCCGAAACAUCAACGUCGCCGCAAAAGGCUGUCGUGACCGCGCGCACCUCGUCGCUUCCGCCUACCGCAGACGAUCCUCUCGCAAGCCCUGCUUCUACAGCGCCGCCGACCUCGCCAUCUCCGCCAACAAAGCCAACCGCGACUCAGUCCGGGGCGCGACCGCUCAAGAUGGUCUGCCUCGACUGCGGAGAGGCUGAGGCGCACCAGAGGCAUGCACAGCAGCUCGAGGCUGCAGCCGUCGUGACGGGUGCCCCGUCUACGGAGGAGAAGAAUGGAGCUUUCAAUGUGACCACGAUUGCGACAGGUGCUGCUGCCGCACUUGCUGGGGUUGGAGGAUUGCUGGCUGCGCGUUCAGCGCCAGAUGCUGAAAGUAAAAUGGAAGCGCCCAGCGCCAGGCCACCAAUGAUCAAGAGCUUAUCAGUCGCCAACCUGCCUACGCUGCGGGAUGGACCUCGCCUGAUGGGCUCGACACCUUUGCAGCUCAUCCUGGACCCGGUGGGUACCGUCGCACAAAACUCGGGCGCUUUCGAUGUGCUCGCCGAUGUCUCUGGAGCCGCAAUCCGAGCUACCCAGGACAUGGACUCGAUCCACCCGCCACUCGACCGCAUGGCCAUCUUUGUGCACUGGUGGGGUUUUGAAAUCACGCUUCCGAAAGCGUCUAUGGCGUACCUGGGCACAGCACAUUCGGUCUCAGGCGCGUUCUUGUCGUUCUUGCAGACGAUGGCCUUGGGAGGGGGAGUGCCGGAGCUGCUGCCGUUCAUCAAGUACAUCUCGACGUUUAUGGAGGUCGAAUACAAGGCGAUCCAGGCGCAGGAUCAGGGGCACGGGGUGUGCAUUGCGGGGACGUGGUUCAUGCCUAUGGCGCUGGUGCCAAGGCCGUGGGACUACCCGCUUGACGGUCCGCAACCUGAAAAGCCAGGUACAGGUGCGCCCGCAUCGCAGGCGACUUACCCAUCGACUCUGGGGCAGGAUACAGCUCCGGUUAUGAUGCCUAUGCCCGGAGUCGGCACAGAGGCUAGCGUCCCUGCCAAGAAGCACGCUUUUAAGAGAAAGAGUUCGGCUGACACCUUCAGUGAGGCCGCCGUCGCUCAGGUCGUUAUGCCGCAGCGCAACUUCAACCCGACGCAGUUGGCUGCUAUCCAGGCAGCCAGGGCCGAAAAAAUGCCCCAAGACCUCAGCGCAAACAUGAACGGUGCGGCGGCCCUGCCCGGUGCUCAAGUCGAGGCUGCCUUGGCGAGCGUGCAAGAAGUGCCCGAGAUCGGAUCGUUGCGGAUCAAAGCGUAG